CACGGGGACACUUGAUGACUUCCAGAAGUCCGUGAACGUUCAAAGUACCUCGAUCACAAUUCCCGGAUCUACUCUGGUCGACUCCCCACCAUGCUACUCCUCAUCCCGCCCAAGCUCGUCUUCAACAUCGCCGACCACUGCGACAAGGUGACCGUCUACAACCUCUCCAUCAGCCAUUCUCGUUUGUACGAGCUCUUCGGCCCGCUCAGCAAGCAGAACCCCUCACCGCAAGGCCGCUACCUCAUCCGGCGGCAACAAGAGGACCCGGCCGGCCUCACUUUCGCAUGUCGCGGCUGCCAGCGUCUCCGCCCGUUCUACAGCAAGCCCGAAUCCAUGUACUCCCGCUCGCCCUCCUACCGGUGGCAAGGCAUAUGCAUCGCCUGCGUCGCAGACAAGAACAUGCCUAAGGAAUACAAGCCAAAAGACGGCGACAGCCUGUCCUGGCUCGGCGGGUACCUCACAUGGUGCUACAGCCACGAGGGCUUCGCGGUAAUCCAGUACCUGACAGCCAACUUUGCGUGCUGGCACUGUGGGCGCCACUCAGGCUCUCGUGCUACGCUGUACCACAGGUGGUACGCGGGCGACCCUAUCGGCACGCAAGGGCGCGACUGUCUACAAGCGGAGCUACUUUUACGCGGGGAGGCGGACGGAACGGACGGGCUGGAGUUCCGAGCCGAGAAGCUGGUCUCGCGGCUGGACGCGUGUGUGCGCCUGGCCGACGGGCGGAUGGAUAUGGCCGAGCUGGCGGUGAUGAAACGGCAGCUUGCGGACACGGCGAAGGCCCGCGCCUCCCUGCCCCGCUAUGAGCUGUACCAUAAGGAGGUUGAUACCGUCGGCGAGUUUGUGCGCGUGGCUGAGGCGCGCAGAAGGACGAGGGAUGUGGCACAGCUCGGACUCACGUUCAUAAUCGAGUAUGGCCCGCCGAGGGAGGAUAGGGUGCGCGCUGAGGCGUUCGCCAGGGAGAUCUACCCCUUCCGUGCUGGGACGCAAGACUUGAAUAGGUUCGGUGAUCUGAAGUCAAUCAAAGGGGCGGGUUUGAAGGAGGCGAUCAUCGGCGGGAUCCCUCGCAACUGUGAUUUUGAGAGGAUCAUGAACCGGCCUGAUUACGGCAUGGGUUAUCAUGAAUUUAUAAGGAAGCUUAAAAGCUUGCAUUCCAAGCAGUACCGAUAUAACUCAUGGGAUGAACCCUGCGCGCGUCACUACAAGCCGUGGUGGUAUGCUAGUUGAAACGACGCCAUGUGGAUUUGCUGCUUGGUUGUUUCAUUAUACCAGGGGCCGGUACAUAAAUACAUAAUUCCAGUGAACAUAUCCC